AUGUAUCAUUAUUCUGGCGCGCUUGGAAGACCGUAUACCAACCACUCUGUGCAGAUUAAGGAUAAAUGGCAACUCUCUGACCCUCCAUCAGAUGUACAGUCCGACCUUUAUCUCACAGACUCCAGUGAAGACCUAAUGGCGAACUUCACAUCUGACUCUAAGGAAUUUGGCCUCUCUUUGAUGGAUGAGGUGCUGAAACGAUUUAAGGACAUUGCCUUGUCGACAGAUGGUGCUCCGCUUGCUUCCUUGCCCCCAGCUUCAUCUCAAGAUACUUGCCCAGUUUCAAGCGGUUGCAACUUAGCGCCAGAGGUUAUCUUACCUCCUGGAAAAGAAGAUGCUUCAUCAACAAGCCUAGAUGGUCAUGACGUUUUGCCACAUGUUCCUAUCAUCGCCACUACCGAUGUCCGAGUCACUGCUAUAGAUUCACAUAAAUCUACUAAUUCCUCUUUUGAUUCCUCGUCAACUCCUCUACAAUCCCCAUCUUUAUCCCAACUUCCGCAACAACUGGCUACAAUCGAAUCUUGCACUCGGUUUACUUAUGACGCAUCUGAUGACCACGUCAAACAACAAGUCGCAUCUUUAGGAGUAGAUUCAAUGGCUGACUUUGAGCUAGCGUAA